GACCACAUCAAGUCCGGUGCUGGCUGGUACCCUGAAGGAUUUUAGUGAAAAGCCGCCCAUGUCGCGAGCACCAGCGCAAAUUUCCAAGAUGGCUCCCGUACCGGUUGCAGUUUCGCCGCUAAUCAAGUUUUCAAGAUAUUCGGCAUUGUUCCUUGGUAUAGCCUAUGGCUCUAGAAGAAACAAGAGCCUGGAAAAGAGCGAGGGAGAAUUGCUGAGAUUGAAGGAGCUGAGAAAGGCCGCUGACGAGAAGAAAGUGGCAGCGGCAGCUAAAGAAGGUGGUGGUUCCAUUUUCGACUAGAGAUGUUGCCGGAAAUCCAUUCAACCAUAGACUCUGUCAUGAUGAGGGCUCAAGGUCUCUUGUCCACCUUGUCUGCUACAACAUCACAGCAUCUCCACAUCUGAGUUGGCAAUGUCGCCGUUGCCGUUUUAGGGUUUCAUGUUUGAUGUAUGGUAGUGUGACAUUCGACAGGUCGACUAGAAUUCUCAUCUAAACUUACCUCACUAAAUACCAAUUAGAUUCUUCGGGCAAAUAUAAUUGAGGAUAUCUCCUGAAGUAUCAGCAACAUAAGUUUGCCAAGCGAUUAACAUUCAGUGUGAUAUUCAUUAAGUACGAACUAAGUCGAGUUGGAUAGUAACGAUACAUAUUUGAUUUGUGAACAUGUAAUAGUAAUGGGUUGAGAUGGCUGUGAUGGAUUUUUGCGAACCGGGCAAUAAGAAUGCAUGCCACCCUAGGAAAAAGUUAAACAUGGGCAUGACUGAGAUUCCCAGAAGGUUGAAUGGUAUUGUUUGAUGUGUGAAUGUGUUAAAUAAUUAUUUUUUCAAAAUUUGAAAUUUCUAUGAAAUUACAGAUCGCCGUUUUAUUACUUGGCCCGUUCAGUUUUAAAAUUAAAAAUUAAAGAUAAAAGGUUUUCAGUUAUUUAAUCUGAACUUGAGCUUAAAACUGACAAGACAUAAGUUCACACACAAUCCUACGUUUAGGUACCACCAUUUUCCAGAUUGUUCAAAGUUUUAAUGGAAUUUCUAUUGAAGUGUUGUGAAUAGAACGCAAGUUUUCCACAUGGACAAGUA